AUGGCGGUUAACGUUUUGGCGGGGAUAUUUAGAGGGUGGAGUGUGGAGUUGGAUGUUAGGGGGUGGGUGAGUGAUGGGGAGAUUGAGGAGGGGGGGGGGGGGGGGGGGGGGGGGAGCAGAGAGGAAGAUAGUUUGUUGGAAGGCGGUUGA